CUGCAGGGAUAAGCGUCCAGUAGUGAUGAAUUCACAGUCCUCGUUGUGGUAACGGCACAUAACGACCACAUUGUUGGUGAGGCCACGGAGAAGUAAACCUGGAGGUAGUCGUCCAGAGUCCAGGGACUGAGACAAACAGCAUGAAACAGCUUCUAAACGAGUUCAAAGGACUUUACGAGGAGAGGUUGAGAUGGCUGGAGCUGGACACAACUGUAACUCGCGAGGAACUGUACCAGAAGAAAGAGGAUUUCCUGCGGUCUUAUGUGAAUGACCUCACAGACCAGAACCAGGUGCUGGUUCAGACCAUUGAGGAUCUACAGAUGGAAGCUGACCACAAGUUCUCCAAUUUGGAAAUUAAGCCGCACACCUCUGACUGUAUCUUGGAUGACCUGAAUCAACAGAGGACAACCCUAGAGGUUAGACAUCAUCUUAGACAUCUGAGGUCAGACAUGAACUCCAUUACAAAGCUCAUCCAACAAACUGGACUCAUGCACAACCUUGAUACUGCAACACAGGUGGUGAAGAAUAGCAAAAGGCUGGUGCACCUGCAGAGUGAGCCGUCUUGUGUGCAGCAGAUCCACAAAGACAACAUGAUAUUGUUGAGAAAGAUAUCUGCAUCACCAAACUGCAAGCUGCUACAACAGGAGAGGGCUGACACACAUUCUCAGGUGUGCAUAGACCUGCAUGAGUUAAUACUCCUAUUUGCACAUAUGUGUUUCCACAUGUGUAGUAGAUACUGCGCAUGCAAAAUAACUGAUAAUGUAGGCAUGAAUGCACCCACUUGCUGUCAGACACUUGUUUCAGACAUCUUUUUCUUAACCUCUUCUCUCCUUAGCUGAAUUACAGGAUGUUGCCUUGCCUUGGACCGUCUUGAUGUUUCAUAUUUGUUCUUACAUUAGGUGAAUAUUACAUCUUUUGUUUGACAGAAUGCAGAGAUGUGACCACUUGUACAUGUCUCCUUUCUUGUGUGUCUGAGUUAAGCUCUCCAAGCUGAUUGUGAGGGAGCCACACAAGGAGUUGGAAGAGAAAAGAGAGGGGAUGAAGAGAGAAGACAGAAACUGAAAUAUGAAAGAGAGCAUCAAAAACCAGAGGGCAGGAGAUCGCAGGAGCAACAGAGGAGAGAGGAGGAGUGGGUGAAGAGAGUGUAAGGGGAGAGGAGGAGGGAUGAAGAGUGGAAGAGGGGGAUUGUGGUGGAGGGAUAGACCCAUGCUUGAGCUGUUAAAAAGUGGGCUGUGAAGGCAGGUGAAAAUAAAGGAGUUCUGAAGUGAGUAUGUUAAUGUAUUAAGUAGAUCUAUUGUAUCUAACCAGACUACUCAGCAGUGGGUGAUAAUGUGUAAACUGCGCUCCAAAUAAGAAAAUUGAUUCUCUUCAUUGUAUUCCCUCAUUUUACUUAUCUUGUAUGAAAUUAUGCCUCUUUUGAACAUAGCAAAAAAUAUGUAUCAUAGAACAGUGUAUAAUAGAAAGUGAAGUAGUAAUUGGCAAUUUAAUCCAAUUAAAAAAAAAAAAAAAUUGUUAAACUAAGGCAACUAAUAGACACUCCUCAUGAACUCAAAUAGCAAGUCAAAAUACUGCACACAACAACACCUUCAUCCACAAUUAAAAGAUUACUAGACUCAAAUUAUUAUUCAUGCAGUUUACAUAUUUAAAAUAAUGUCUCUUCUUUUGUACUUUGAAUACCUUUUGGUCUUUAGGUCCCAACUUUUAUAAUGAUGUAAAUGAGUGGUGUUAGUAUGUGUACCCACAGCAUACAUAUAACAUAUUUUCGUGCAUAUAUGUACAUACAUUUACACAGACUUGUAAAAAAAAAAAAAAACACACACACACACACACACACACACACACACACACACACAACAAAACACUUCACCUUAAUUCAGACCUCAGACACUCUCUCCUCCCCUUUACCCCCCGCCUCCUUCUUCCUUCCAUCCUGCCAUCUCGCCACAACCGCUCCAAAUUAAUCUGCAAAAUAUUGAUUUGAGGAGCAUGGGUUGGGGGGGGCGCACGAUUGCGGCCGCAUAUUAAUACGAACGGGCCGCUCUUCGUCUCUCCUCUAUACUUUAAGAUCCUCAUAUCUUCAUAAUUGAUUAAUGUUCCUUUGUGAAGUGGGGAUGAAUAAUACAUUAGUGGGCCUGCUGCACCCUCAGGCUGAUGAGAAAAUGUUUAAUUUCAGUAAAUGUAGCGCUCCCUCUCUCUUUCUCUCUUUCAUUUUCCCUCUCUGGUUAUUUGUGAGUGUUGGAGUGUGUUUGUGAGUUUUCACUUGUGAGCUGAAGACCAGAGGAGUGUUGUUGAUUUGCUUUUUUCGUGUUUACUGUCGGCUUGAAGCGCAUGUUAAGCAUCACAAACAAAAGGCAGCGAUCUGCAUUUGCAAACAUGAAUGAAUAAAUU